AUGGGCAUGCUCCAUCCUUCCCCUGAGUUCAUAACGAGUGUGUGCUUUCUCCUGGUAGCCACCGCCGUGUUCCUGCGCCGUAGGGUGGUGCACGGCCACCGGCGCGGCUUGUCCAUCCAUGUGACAGACCGUGCGGUGGCGCACCGUGCCCUGCUAGAGCACAGCACCGCGUUCCUCAACCGCCCCAUUGGCGUUGUUCCCAGUAGCAUCCUCACGGGAGAACGCUACCCCAACAUCCAUGCGGCGCCCUACGGCCCCUACUGGCGCGCCGCCCGCCGCAACGUGGUUGCCGGCGUCCUCCACCCCUCCAGCCUCGGCCUACUUGGCGACAUCCGAGCCCGCGCGCUCAGUCGCCUGGUGGGUGACCUCAACUCCGGCGUCCUGCCUGCCGAGUGCCUCCAUUUCGCCGUCUACUCUGUCCUCGCGGAGAUGUGCUUCGGCGAGGAUGUGGUGUCGGAGCUAGGGGAGACCCGCCUCCGUGCCAUGCACAAGUUGCAGCGCGACGUGCUCCGCGCGCUGCCUUCCUUGGCGGUGUUGGUCAGGUACCCGAGGAUGGGCAAGCUCCUUUACCCUUCACGGUGGCGCCAGGUCCUGGCUUUCCGGCGGCAGCAAGACGAGGCGUUCCUGCCGAUCGUCGCCCAGGUGAAGCGUCGCUCGCACAAGAACAAGGACCCUAGCAGCUUCAAAUUCAAGACCUACGUGGAGUCCCUGGUGGACCUACGAAUCCGUGAAGACGACGGUGCCUGCAGGGCCGCCACCGAUGGCGAGCUCGUCAGCCUCAUCUCCGAGUUCCUCGGCGCCGGCACAGAGGCCACGGCUGCUGCGCUGCAAUGGACGAUGGCCAACCUCACCAAACGCCCCGACCUGCAGCAGAAGCUCCGCGCUGAGAUGGUCGCCGUCGCCACUGCCUGCGGCUGCGACGUCAUCGACGAGGUCGAGCUGUCGCGCAUGCCCUACCUCAGGGCCACCGUGCUCGAGAGCCUGCGGUGCCACCCGCCGAUUCCGUUUGUCAUGCGCCACAUGGAGAGCGAGGUGGCCGCCAAGGUGCUCGGCGUGACCGUGCCGGACCGCGGUGCCACGGUGAACUUCCUCGUGGGCAAGAUCGGGCGCGACGCCGCGACGUGGUCGGAUCCGACAGAGUUCAGGCCGGAGCGGUUCAUGUCCGGUACUAUCGACGCCGACCUCACUUGCACCAGGGACCUCACCAUGAUGCCAUUCGGAGCCGGGAGGCGCGCCUGCCCGGCGAUAGCGCCCGCCAUGCUUCACCUCCAGUACUUCGUGGCCAACCUGGUCAGGGAGUUCGAGUGGUGGGAGGCCGACGGAGACGACAAUGCGGUUGACCUCACUGAGUUCCGCGGCUUGUUCGUUACCAUCAUGAAGCGCCCGCUCCACGCGCGCCUCGUGCCUCGCCAUCCAGAAUAA